AUGGCCCCUUCCUGCGGCACCCUCUUGAGCGCGCUGCUCAGCGGCGGCGGCCCGUCCUGGCCGGCCUGCGGCGGCCGCGCCUUCCUCCGCGACUACGCGCAGCGCGGCACCAACGCGCUGCUGUGGGCGGGUCUCCUCGCCGUCACGUGGGUCCUGCUCCUCCGAGUCGCCGCGCUCUUCCGCCUCUGGGCCCUCGGGUCCCGUCUCCCCGGCCCGCCUGCCCUCCUCGCCGACCCCGGCCUCGCCGCCGUCUGCCGCGCGGGCGGCGACAUCACCGGCUAUCUAUCAAAAUUACAUGGCACUUUUGGACCAGUUGUCCGACUGUGGGUAGGACCGUCUCAACUACUUGUCUCAGUUAAAGAUGUCAGUCUAAUCAAACAGAUUUUAGCAAAAGCUGAAGAUAAAUUACCACUGACUGAACGGACCUAUAAUUUAGCUUGUGGAAGACUUGGCUUGUUCAUUUCCUCAUUUGAGAAGGUCAAAAGUAGUAGGGAAUUACUGGAAGUAUUCUUGAAUGAAAAACUUAACAUUGGUGCCAGUGGAAGUUCUUUCAAAAUCAUUGAAGCUAUCCUCGAUAGAGUCCACUCUACUAUGGACAAGGAUUCUCUGGAUUGCAGAUCUUUUUCCCAACACAUGGCAUUUAACAUCAUUGGCACAGCUCUUUUUGGUGAAGUCUUCUUUGAUUGGCCUGAUGCUGCUGCAUAUGAGGAGCUUCUGAUGAUUGUCGCAAAGGACGGCUGCUUCUGGGCUUCUUAUGCAGUUCCUCCAUUUUGGAAACCUGGUUAUAGGAAGUACAGGAGCCUAUGUGCUAAGCUGAAGAUCUUAACAGAAGGCAUUAUCAGAAAAUCCAUAGAGCAAAGUAGUUUACUUGGCCAUAAUGAUUUGAGGUCUUGUAAGAAAAGUGAAGGGGUCGUAAAAGAUCCAGUUGGAUGUACUUCUCUGCUAGAUGGGAUAAUAUCAGGUCGCUGUCUCUAUGGGGCUGUUGAAAGAUCUCUCAGUUCAGAAGAGGAAAUAUGUGGGAAUAUCGUGGGUUUGAUGUUGCAUGGAAUUUCUGCAUCUGCUAACCUGAUUGGCAGCAUUUUAACGAGACUUGUCUUGUAUCCAAAGCUAAAAGACCAGCUAUAUGCUGAUAUUGUUGCAGUUUGCGAUCAAUCAUCGGAGCUGGAGGUAGAUGAUGUGCUUAGGAUGCAAUUCUUACUUGCCACUGUAUGUGAAUCUGCUCGCCUUUUGCCUGCUGGACCUCUUCUCCAGCGAUGUUCUCUGCAACACGAUUUAACUCUCAAAUCUAGUAUCAUUAUACCAGCUGGAGCGACAUUGGUCGUUCCUCUUCAUCUCGUGCAAAUGGAUGUUUCUGUAUGGGGGCAUGAUGCUUGCCAGUUUAAUCCUAGUCGUUUGCUUCAAAAGGAAAUUAAUCUUGGAGAAAUAUUAGGAGCACAUAAAGGCUCAAACAGAAUCAAGCUUUUCACUGAGUGCAAUAAGACUGACUCAUUCCUUCCAUUUGGUUCUGGGAGUCGGGCAUGUGUGGGUCAGAAGUUUGCAAUUCUUGGGAUCUCUAUGUUGAUUGCGUCUCUUCUCCUGAACUACGAGGUGCAGCCUCAACCAGAUUUAUCCAGAGAAAUAGACUUGGCAGUUAACAGCAACAACCUUGGCCAUCUUCCAAACCCCAAACUUAUCCUCACAGGAAGAAAGAUCUGAAGCAAGAGCUGAACGAAGAAACCUUGAUGCCUUACCGUAUAUAUUUACGUUUUUUACUGGUGUUACACACCAGGAUAUGAUCUGGUUUGCUCUCCUACCGUCGUGUCAACAGCAUUGAGGUUUGUAGAAGGUGCUACUUUGCGACAUGGAAGGUUUUUUUGCUCCAGAUUUUUUACAGCUCCGACGAGCUUUGUUACACCUAGUUGUUUAUUAAAGUUUUGAGGCACUCUGGGCUGUGAAAUCACAGGUGUUUGCCGACGUGCAUAUAAACCAGUAGCCUUCCUUUUUCCCCCCGAUGUUUUCUCCUCCCUCUGGGGGACUGUAAGUCUGUAAUGUCAGCCCCAAUGUACCAUCACAUUGUAUGAUGUAUCAUACACAAAACUUGUAUAGUACAUUAUAUUUAUGGGCAGAAUGUUGUUUCAAGUUUUAA